GUGACAUUUGAGGAGAUAUUCGCCGAACCUCACCCUACUGUGUACUCUUUCGACGGUGUCUGGACCACCAGUUACAAGGUGUUCACCAACACGAAGCUGUGGUGUUACCGUAUCAGCACACUGCUCUGUGCUGUUCCUCUCUCCGUUUUCUGGGGAAUCUACUUCGCCCUUCUAGCAUGCUGUACCAUCUGGUGUUGUCGGCCCUGUAUCAAG